AUGCCCGGGAGCAAACUGACCGAAGAGAAUGUACGGCAAAUGGCGGAGGACUGCGACAGGGACGGGAACGGCGUCAUAUCCGUCGACGAGCUGUUCAAAGCGAUUACGCAGGGAUCCCUAGUCUUCAACAUUGUGCUGAAGGAGGUCCGCGGGGACCGGAAUGCAAAGGACGUUAGAACGCAGGAGGAGUGCACGCGACCCCAACUGGUCACGUAUCUCAGAUUCCAGUUCACCAAAAACGAUGCCUGUUUCUCGCUGCCCUUCACGUUCGUUUUCUUCACGUGCUUUCUCGCUUGGAUGGGGUCACACCUGGAGAUCCGGCAAACCUACGAGCUCCACGCGGCGAUUCAAAACGAAAUCUCGGGCGAGGGCGGGAUUUCCAACCACGAAGGCCCGUUUUUGAUGCGGGACGUCCACGACGUGCCAACGUUCUGGGACUGGUUCAGUACCAGCUUCGUCAACGCGAUGUUUCGCCAGGGCACGAAUUCUGAGCUGGUGCGCGACUUUCCGGUCCCCGGCCGUCUGGCGUCCUUCAACCAAGUAAUAGGCGGCGUCGGACUGCAGAAAUUCGCAGUCGCGAGUGAAGACUGCAUGCAGGCCGGCGAGCUGAUCCCCUAUUACGACAACCGCGGUUCUUUGAUUACGGCCUUUGUCGACAACCCGGAGGCGGUGUUCGCGGGCAAGCUGGACGGGGAGUGUCAACCCAUGGACGGUGCAGAAGUGGAAGAAGACUUCGGAAAGACAGGCAGACUCACGCAAUGGUUUCUCUACCAAGAAAGAAUAUCAGACAUGCGCGCAAAGGCGGACGACUUGUCGAAGUCGGUAAUGAAUUGCAUUGAUUUUGACAAUUCUCGCUUCGUUUCUGAAUGAUGACGGCGAGAAAAGUUCGUUUCUCAUUCAAAUAAGAUUUCAGUUGCACAUAGACAUAGAUCAAUCUUUGUUUUACGUCUGUCAUGCACAUGACAGUGACCCAUUCGCAUAUGCUAUUCCUGCAGGUAUGGUUGAACCGUAUGACGACGAAAAUUCGUAUACGAACGCUGUUCUACAACGCCCACUACGGUAUGUUCACGGUAAUGCAUCUCGAACUGCUGUGGCGGCGGCAGGGCCUCUUCGUGAUACGGUAUCGCCUGACGAGUUUUCUAGCAGACCCCUACCAUCACUGGACCAUGUACCUGCUGGACUUGGUCUACGUGCUGUUGCUAUCAAAUGUAAAAAUGUCUGGGUCUGGAAACUUGUGAUGCUGGGUGGCGUCUCAUGAUGAGGCCACAAAUGCUGGCUCAGCAUGACAAGUUUCUGAGCCUCUAGGUGUUGCCUAUUCUGCAUGACAAGCUGCGUUUCUGCAUCACAGAAAAAUGGAGCUCUUGGGUAGCGUGCAUGACAUAUUUAAGAGUCAUGCCAGACAAGCAUGACAAACAUGCACUCUUCCAGACCCAGACAUUUUUGCACUUGAUAGUUGCUCGUCAAGAUGAUGAUAUCGGAAUCCAAGGAGCUGAUUCCCGCAAUCAAAAAUGGCGUUGACGGUUUCUUCGACUAUUGGGAGUUUUGGAACAUGGUAAGUACCGCAAAAGUUGUCAUGUUGCGACUUUUGCUUGGAUGGGAGGAGGAAAAAUGAUAUGCAGGAUUUUCAAAUUCGUUUCGGCUUUUCUUACCUGCUAGUACUCGUGAUGCACGGCGAAACUGGAACCACAGGUAGAUUGGCUGUCAAUCCUUUUCGGCUUUGUCUUGUCCGGAAUAUUCUGGCAGAUGGCGCUCUCGGUGAGCGGCCCGCUUCGAGAUCACAUCAACAAGCUCCCGCAAGUUAGUGGGACCGCGGACCAGAUGAUUCACAGUUCCGUGAAGCAAACGUAUUUGACGCCAACCGAGAUUGUGGACAACGCCCCGGACGUGGACACGUACGAGCAGCUUUACCAGCAGCUCGACGACCUCCACGAAACCGCGGACGGCAUUGCGGCCACCUGCGAGCUGCUCCGCGUCUUUAUCGGUAUAAAAGAUGACUUUGACUUGCGACUCGUUUCGCUGCUGAAGAAAACGUAUCUAUGUCUAUCGCAGCUCUGCUAAGUACCGGAAAGUCAAUAUCAAAUUUUCCUUUCCCCUCCUUACCGGAAAGCCAUUCAUCAUUUUCCCCCCACACGACGACCACAGGCAUCUACCUGCUAAUCAUCAUGUUGCGGUUCUUCAAGGGUUUUCGUGCGAACCCGCGACUUGAGGUGGUGACGCGCACCAUCGUGGAUGGCAGUUCGGAUAUCGCGCACUUUUUCGUGGUGUUCAUGACGAUUUUUCUGGCGUUCAUGGCAACAGCACAGACGUUGUUCGGGUCCCGGAUUCGUGCCUUCAGUGAUCUGGCGUCUUCGCUGAACACCGGGUUCGCCAUUUUGCUCGGAGAUUUUGAUUUUCAAGAAUUGAUUGGACAAGAUGGCGCCACUGCGCUGGACUUCGCCUGCGGCACGCUGUGGUUUUGGCUUUUCCAGUGGUCGGUCACCAUUAUCAUGUUCAACAUCCUGCUCGCCAUUGUCAUGAACCAGUUCGCGAAGGCAGACGCAAAGCAGGUGGGAGCAGAAACGAUCAUCGAGCAGACUUUCUCUACUUACCGGCAAAUGAACGAAACCAAGGGCCAUUUGGACAUCUGGUAUGGUCGAUAUGUUUCAUCUCGCGCCUGUGCUUGGCGCUCGGCUCCUUAUAUUUUCUCUCAGUCAUUGCAAUUUUAUCUCGGACACCCCCCCUCGGUCGCGUAUCGAUCCUUGUCUCGGAGUAGAGUGUCUGUUCAUGGAACAAGCUUGUGGUGGAACCCCCAAUGCUGGUCAGCAUCGAUUCUUUAGGUACCUGCUUUGCGAGUUCGAGGACGACGACGACCCAGCGCACCCGGACAAGUUUGUCUCCGCGCGCUCCUUGCGCCGCGCCUUCCCCCGCAUGAGUAAGUACAACUCGGAGUAUUUGGUCUCGAUGGCCAUCGCCCACGACGCUUCGGAAAACGAGAAGGAGGAGGAAGUCACACUGACUAUGGCCUGCCGCAUGAUCACGAAGACCCUGGCCUACUCCAAACGGGCUUCCGAGAACAUGGAGACUCUGCUGGACUACAUGAUCCCGAGUCGCACCGGUUUCAAGUUCAACGCCGGGGGAGGGAGUAGUCCCGCAAGAGCAGGCGGACCACCGCACCUCCGCGGUCCCGGCGGUGCGCCGUUGUUCGGUGGGGGAGUUUCCGGCCCGCCGCAAAGCGAUGUGAACCAGAUCGCGCAGUCGGCGGAGAUGUUACAAAUGGCGCUGGCGCCAACCCUGUUGGAAAAGUCGGGCGAGCUGGUGCAGUCGAAGGGCUUCGAUUCAGCGGGCCUCGAAAAGGGUGUACGGCAGAUGAGCGACUUUCUGCAGGACCGGUUUCGCUGGCUGGACAGCCGGUUUGCCGAGCGGUACCAAGCGAGUGACCGGGUGGAGGCGAAAGUGAACAAUAUCCUCCGCGCGAUACAGCAACUCACGGAGGUGCAGGAGCGCGUUCGCGCCGAUCACGGGCGCGGAUCCCCAGACCGCAGUGCGGAUUGGCGCCGGCUGCGGCGUGUAGAGGACCAGGUCGCGCAGCUCGAAGACCAAAAUACACGGAUCUUGGAAUUGGUCGAGCGGAUUCACGUUCAAAUGCGAAACCAAGCGCCAAGGCAGUACUGAGCGCGCUCUCGGUAUGUGCCCCCUUGGGCAGGGAUCGCGGAGCUUCUACUCGCUGUUGCUCUACUCUCUAAGUCUAACUUGUUUCAUGCUCGCUGCCGUACGAGAAUUAUCCCUUCACCUGUGUGAGAAUAGAAAUCGUUUCAAUUGUUUCGUACAUGACUGCCAGUAGUUGUAGUUUCUUUUUCUUUAAAUUGUCAAAUGCAGAAGUCAAGAGUGCGAGUGCCAUAGACAGUGCCAAAACCACAAACAAAGAACUGAAUAAUUAGAGCUGCCGUUGCAAAAACAACAGCUCGCCGCGAUAUAAAGUGAACAUGUGCGCGGAAUUACAUUCAGAUGCAGGCUGACACGAACCCUGAGAAUACAGAAGCGUUUAAUAUCGACGCAAAGUAAGUCUCUUCAGGCUCAGGAAAAACGAAGGACAAAGCGAGCAUUUGCGGAGCAGCUCACGCAGAUUUUCCUUCCGGGUAGAUCUCACAGUUCUUUGUUGCUCAGACAGAAACAGUGCGGCCAACCUGGUGGACUUUUCAUAAACACAUAGAGCACGGAGUGCUGGAAGGGCCCGAUAUAUAAACAGGUCACUUAUGAGGGCAAACGGAGUUUGAUGAGAAUGUGACUGAGGCACACAUGCUUCAUGUUCUUGUGCCAUGUUUGUGCUGCCUGGCCUGCGAGUGCGAAAGCGAGUUAGUACACAUACGCCUGUGAUUUUUUCCGUGC